AUGUCAGCUUGUGAGCAGAAAGGACAAGAGAGUAAGACAGAAGCUGAGGCACGUGACAUUGAGGAUGACGAUCUUGAAAGUGAUGAAUUGCGUUCCGCUUAUUCUUAUUAUACGGAUCUACUUGAUGAAUCAAUCAAACUUCCCAAUGUUAUUCAACUUAUGGUGAUUUUUUUCAUUGCCAAUAUGAUGUUUAUAUACUACACUCAGAAGAUAGAUCAAGACAACGGAGAAUCUGAUCCUAUGUGGCCUUUUAUAUAUGGAGGAUUGGCUGUUAUUACGGCUUUAGUCGAAGUCAUUAUGCUCUGUAUCAUUUCUUAUAGAAAUUAUAAGGCAAAAGUGAACGGGGCUGAGGAUGAAGAGGAGAAGAAAGCUAUUUCAAAGCCUCAGCUUCCUGAAUUCAGUCUCAUAUACUCUAUUUUCGUUCCAUUGACUGUCACUUUGAUGUAUUUUCCAUCCAAAAUGCCGGUCAUUAUUGCUUGUAUUGUUCAGGUGCCUUAUAUGAAUCCUAUCGUUAGAAUCUUGGUUUCUUACGUCGCCAUGUACCAAAUUGGUUCUGGUCCUUACACGAUUACUUUUUAUGAGAUGCUCAGUACCCCCAUUGUGUUCGCAUCUUCGUAUACUUUGCUAGAACAUUUCAUCGCCUCGUCCCUUUCUGUUACUGAGAGAAGCAUGUUUUCAUAUCUAGUCGUUGCUUUAUUAGUAUUUGCCGAUGAGUCUACCUGUGAUAUAUCGCUUGUCAUCUUCCAGAAGCUUGUUCUGGCAUUUGGUAUUAGUUUGGCAUUGACUUCUUGUCUUGUUGGUUUCUAUAAAUCUCGUCAGCAAGGCACUUUGCUAAAGAAAGUGACCCUUUUACUCAUUUACGUUGUUUUUAUUGGAAGCGGUUUCACGCUUUCCUAUAGAUUCCUCAAGCCAAUAUUAGGCAAAGCCCCUUGGUUUUGGAUAGCUGAAUAUAUUGCUCAGGAUGCUGUCAAGUCGACAAUUUUCAAAGCGUGGAUCACUUCCUCGGUGGUGUUGGUUCCCUCCAUUCUUUAUCUGGCUAAAAAGAUUCCAUUUGGCUUUAGAAGAAAAAUCUGGCAUUUUGUCACUUUGACUGCCUUGGGAUAUCCAAUAACAGUGGAGCCUCAACUAACAUCGCUUGCUCUUGUGGGCUUGUUCUGUAUUUUCGCUAUUGUGGAGCUCAUCAGAGCCAACAAUCUUCCUCCAUUUGGAGGUUUCAUCCGCAAGAUCUUAAUUCCUUUUCAGGAUAGAAAAGAUACUGAAGGUGCGUACGUUCUUUCUUAUUUAUUUUUGGUUCUAGGUGUUGCUUUACCUCUUUGGCUCUCAAAUUGUACCGGUACUCAAGGUUCUGUCAUUGGAUUGGUGGUGCUAGGAUUGGGAGAUUCGUUUGCCUCUCUUAUAGGAAAGUCUAUGGGACAAUUGUACUGGCCAGAAGCUUCGAAGACCAUUGAAGGUUCUUUCUUCUUUUUCUUCUUCACAGCAUUCGCCUUAUACACUUACCAGAACGUGGGUGAGAAUUCUUAUGAUAACUAUUCUCUUCUCCUCACACCUGUUAUUACCGCUAUCUUGGAGGGCAAUAUGAGCAUGAAUGAUAACGUUGUGGUUCCUGUGAUAGGUUUAAUUUGCUUGGAUUUGAUUCAACAAGUUAGAUAUUAA